CAUGCCGAUCUGCAAGAACAAAUGGUCUCCUUCGAUCUGAAAACGUGAAACGAUGGAUCAAAUAACGCGGGCAAAAGUUCAUCUCUUGAUGUUUUCUGCUGCUUUUAUUUGUAUUUUAGCGGAAAUUGAGUUUGGCUCAAGCUCCAGGGUCGAACUGGACAACAGUACAAGAUUUUUUCCAAGAGAACUUCUGACUGAUGGAAUCGUAAUAGAGAAACCCGCCGAUCGAGAGCUCAAGCUCCCUUGCGGCUUGAAAAUCUUGGAUGGUUGCAGAAAAGGACGGAUUGAAGCGGGUUCGAGUAUCUCUAGGGAAAACCAAAACAAACCUAAUUCACAAACCAGCUUUGCUCAAACCUCUGUCAUCUCAAGGAGAAGCCAGAAAUUGGAGUUAGGAUCUGUUAUCCUUGCGGGAAAUUCGACGAUUUGGAGUGAGAACCGCACUUUCGAGCUCGGUUUUUUCAGCACGGAUGGCGAAUCCAAUUGGUACGUCGGCAUCUGGUACGCUUCCAUACCCAUUCGAACCUACGUUUGGGUGGCAAACCGAAAAUCUCCUGUCAAAAACUUCACCUCCUCAGUAAUGCGAUUUACCGAAGACGGCAAGCUCGUGAUAACGGAUUCCGGCGAUCGUAAUGUCUGGCGGACGGAAAAUGCAGAAGAAGCAGUGAGUGCGCAGCUCCUAGAAACUGGAAACCUUGUCCUUUUGUCGCGCAAAGGGACGAUGGUCUGGCAAAGCUUCGACUUUCCGACCGACACAUGGCUGCCAGGUAUGAACAUUACUAGCCGUACCUCUGUUGAGUGCUGGAGAAGUGAGUCUGAUCCGUCCCCUGGUAAUUACUCUCUCCGUCUAAAACCUCCACAGUAUGGCGAGUUCGAACUCCUCUUCAAUGGCAGCAAGACCUACUGGUCUACCGGUAAAUGGACCGGCAAUUCCUUCGCUAACGUCCCUGAGAUGACUGUGCGGUACAUCUACUCCUUCCAUUUCUUCCAUCCUUUCACUGCCGCAGCAUCUUUCAUGUACACCGUUAUCUCUCAGGACAACAGUUCACGGCCACCGCUAACUCGAUUCUUUAUUGAUUCCUCUGGUCAGCUGAAGCAGUUCACCUGGUCGACUCAGAUGGAAAGUUGGAAUAUGUUCUGGUGUCGGCCUGAGAAUUGGUGCAGUGUUUAUGGAUUGUGUGGGAACUUAGGGUUUUGCAGCAGCCGUACUCAGAGGCCGUGCGAAUGCCUUGCUGGAUUCACACCUAGCGACCGACGCGCGUGGAACUCCGGGGAUUUUUCCGGAGGUUGCCGUCACAAGGACGACUACCUGUGCAAUGAAAGUGAUGCAUUUGAAGAGGUUGGAACCGUUGGUUUUGAUGCUGCCACUGGUGUGUCGUUAUCCGGAAGCGGAAGCCGGAGUUUCUGCGAGUCCUCAUGCUUGAAGAACUGUUCGUGCAUUGGUAUAACCCACAACGCAGAAACCGGUCUGUGUGAGAAUAUUCAUGGGAACAUGCUGAACCUCCGGAAUCUGACAUCUGGUAGCACAGGGGAAGAGGUUCUUUAUAUCAGGGUUGGGAGACAAGGAUCGACGAAGAAGAAGAGUAAAUUGAUGACGGUGGCUCUGAUUGGCGGUAUUUGUGGGUUGGUGGCGAUCGCGGGAAUGGCAGUUUUAGGGAUAUUUAUGCUGCGGAAGAAGAGAAAUCGGAAAAAGGAGAAAGAGGCUGUUAUUCCGGUGACGAACUUGAAAGUGUUCUCUUACAAGGAGCUUUCCGCAGCUACUCGAGGAUUCUCAGAGAAGCUCGGGCAUGGUGGCUUUGGGACUGUUUUCAAAGGAGAACUACCAGAUUCCCCUCCUAUUGCUGUGAAACGGCUUGAACGCCCAGGUGGGGGUGAGAAAGAAUUUCGAGCGGAGGUCUGCACAAUCGGGAACAUCCAACAUGUUAAUCUUGUGCGCCUGAGAGGCUUCUGCUCAGAGAACUCUCACAGACUCUUGGUUUAUGAUUAUAUGCAGAAUGGGCCGUUGAGUGCGUUUCUGCGGCGAGAUGGGCAGAGUUUGAGUUGGGAUGUGAGAUUCAGGGUGGCAGUUGGGACGGCCAAGGGUAUUGCAUACUUGCAUGAGGAAUGCAGGGAUUGCAUCAUACAUUGCGACAUCAAGCCAGAGAACAUUCUUCUGGACACUGAUUUUUCGGCCAAGGUUUCGGAUUUUGGUUUAGCAAAGCUCAUAGGCAGGGAUUUCAGUAGGGUUUUGACAACAAUGAGAGGAACGCGAGGUUAUGUGGCGCCGGAGUGGAUUUCAGGGGUUGCCAUCACCGCCAAAGCUGAUGUUUACAGUUAUGGGAUGACAUUGCUGGAGAUCGUAGGUGGGCGACGCAAUGUGGAGAAACCACUAUCGGCGGGCAGAGAGGGGGUGAUGGAAGAGAAAUGGUUCUUCCCCCCUUGGGCUGCAAGGCAGAUAAUUGAGGGUAAUGUGGCUGGUGUGGUGGAUGAGCGGCUUGCAGGGGGUUACGACCCUGUAGAGGUAGAGCGGUUGGCACUUGUGGCUGUAUGGUGUAUUCAGGAUGAAGAGGUUGCAAGGCCCACAAUGAGUCUGGUGGUGAAGAUGCUAGAGGGAACGGUGGAAGUCACGGUUCCACCGCCACCGCAGCUGUUGCAGGCACUGAUCUCUGGAGAUUCUUUUCCUGGAGUUGGUGUUUCUGGGCUGAAGCCAUCAAGUGGUGCUGGUGUUAAUUCUGAUUGACAAGAGUCCGGCCUUAAUUGCCAGCAUAAUCAAAACGCUGCUGCUCUUAUCUUCCCUCUGUUC